GGAGGAUCCCCCGGCGUGCGGGACAGACACGGAUCGCUCUCUGCUUUCAAGAACCUGGGACAGCGUCCCUCUGCCCGGGGCGCGGCCGCUGAAGGCCCAGUCCCCACUCAUCCUCGGGCGCCAUGAGGGAGCCGCCGCGUUCCCCGCCCCGCUGGCCCUCCUGGCUGCUGCUCCUUUGCUGCAGUUUCCAGGUGCGCCCGGCCCUGUCCAGCUCGCAGGCCCAUCCAGGGUUCAAGGUCUUGCUCACUGCCUCCCACUACUGGCCCCUGGAGCAUGUGGACGGCAUCCAUGAGCUGCAGGAAACGGCUGGAGCAUGGCGAGCCCGCAACCUCACCGUGCCCCCUUCCCAUAACGCUACCUUUGUGCCCACCAAUGACUCUGCCUACUCCAAUGCCUCUGCGACCAUAGACCUCGUGGAGGGCAAGGCAGGCAAGGGCAUCUACCUCCGGGAGCAGAAGGGCGUCACACUGCUCCUCUACGGGCGCUACAAGGCCUCCUGCGUCAGCAACCCUGCCCAGUGCGGCCCCGAAGGGGUCACCUUUUCUUUCUUCUGGAAGACACACGGGGAGCAGUCCCGGCCCAGGCCCUCGGCCUACGCGGGGCAGGUCGUCUCCGACGGGUUCAAGGUCUGCUCCAGCCGCGGCCGGGGCUCCGUGGAGCUGUACACGCGGGACAACUCCAGGACGUGGGAGGCCACCUUCAGCCCGCCAGGGCCCCACUGGACCCACGUCCUGUUCACCUGGAAGCCGGAGGACGGCCUGAAGGUCUACGUCAACGGCUCCCUGAGCACCUGGGACCCCAGCGGGAAGGCAUCUCCCGCCUACGGCGAGCCCAGCGCCAACCUGGUCAUCAGCUCCGAGCAGGACCAGCCCCGGGGCUACGAGGUCGGAGCUUUCGACGAGUUCAUUGUCUGGGAGCGGGCGCUGAGCCCUGAGGAGGUGGCCAUGUACUUCACCGCUGCCGUGGGGAAGCACGUCUGGCUGUCCACAGCCCCGAGCCUCCCCGCGACGCCCCCGGCCAGCAGCCUGGUGCCCACCGGUGCCUACCAGCCCAUCAUCACCGGCCUGGAGGAGGAGAGGGGGCGCGUCCAGAGCCCGGGCGCUGCCCUGAGUUCCCUCCAGAACCUGUCGCUCAGCCUGCCCGCCAAGUCCCUGUCGGCGGAAACCGCACGGAACCUGACGGAGACGUUCCUGAAGGCGGUGGGGGAGGUGCUGCUGCCCAGCUCGACGGCCGUGUCGGAGGACAACGCCGUGGUGCUGGGCCUGAUCGAGACCGUGGACGUGGUCAUGAGCCACAUCUCCUCCAACCUGCAGGCCAGCGAACCGCAGGUCGCCAUCGUGGGCUCCUCCUCCGUGGCAGAGUUCUCCGUGGCCAAGCUCCUGCCCAGGGCCCUGAACUCCUCCCACUACCGCUUCCCGGCCCAGGGCCACAACUACAUCGAGAUCCCCCAGGAGGCCUUCCGCAGCCACGCCUGGACCACCAUCGUGGGGCUGCUCUACCACACGAUGCACCGCUACCUGAGCAACAUCCGGCCGGACCGCACGCGGAUCGCCGAGGCGGCGGCUUACAGGAGCUGCCUGCUGUCGGCCGCCAGCUACCUCAUCUCCCUGGAGGUGGUGCCGCCGCCCACACUCUCCCAGAACCUGUCGGGCUCCCCGCUGACCACCAUCCGGCUCAGGCACAAGUUGACGAGCAGGCAGUACCGCGAGGCCAUCAACGAGACGAACCGCGUGUUCCUGUACUGCGCCUUCCUGGACUACAGCUCCGGGGAAGGCGUCUGGUCGAACGAGGGCUGCGUCCUGGUGGAAGGGGACCUGGGCUACUCCGUCUGCCGCUGCACGCACCUCACCAACUUCGCCAUCCUCAUGCAGGUGGUGCCGCUGGAGCUCACGCGCGGACACCAGGUGGCGCUCUCGUCCAUCAGUUACAUCGGCUGCUCCCUGUCCGUGCUCUGCCUGGCGGUCACGCUGGCCACCUUUGCAAUGCUCUCCUCGGUUAGCACCAUCCGGAACCAGCGCUACCACAUCCACGCCAACCUGUCCUCCGCCGUCCUGGUGGCCCAGGUCCUGCUGCUGAUCAGCUUCCACUGCCGGCCGGGCACGGUCCCGUGCCAGGUGCUGGCCGUGCUCCUGCACUACUUCUUCCUGAGCGCCUUCGCCUGGAUGCUGGUGGAGGGGCUGCACCUCUACAGCCUGGUCAUCAGGGUCUUCGGCUCCGAGGACAGCAAGCUCCGCUACUACUACGGGGUCGGCUGGGGGUCCCCGCUCCUGAUCUGCGUCAUCUCCAUCUCCUGUGCCCUGGACAGUUACGGGACCACCAACAACUGCUGGCUGUCCCUCCACAGUGGCGCCAUCUGGGCCUUCGUGGCCCCGGCCCUGCUGGUCAUCGUGGUGAACAUCGGCAUCCUCAUCGCCGUCACCAGGGUCAUCUCCCAGAUCAGCGCCGACAACUACAAGGUCCACGGGGACCCCAGCGCCUUCAAGUUGACGGCCAAGGCCGUGGCCGUGCUGCUGCCCAUCCUGGGCACCUCCUGGGUCUUCGGGGUGCUGGCCGUCAACAACCAGGCGGUGGCCUUCCAGUACGCGUUCGCCAUCCUCAACUCCCUGCAGGGCUUCUUCAUCUUCCUCUUCCACUGUCUCCUGAAUUCUGAGGUGAGAGCUGCCUUCAAGCAUAAAACCAAGGUCUGGUCCCUCACGAGCAGCUCCAGCCGCAACGCCAACCCGAAGCCCUUCAGCUCCGACGUGAUGAACGGGACCCGGCCGGGCACAGCCUCCUCCAAGCUCGGCCCCUGGGACAAGAGCAGCCAGUCUGCCCACGGUGUGGACCUGUCCCCCGUGUGAGCCGAGACCACGCACCACCCGGGCUGGCCUGCCGCUCGGAGCACUGCCCCCCGACAGCACGCGAGACACACUCUGCCUUUGCCCGGGGGACCCUCUCCAUCGCCGUCUGGCCGCGGGGUCCCCGUGACCGCCACCCCGUCGGACAGAGGCCGCCACUCCGCCCGCAGCCUGUUCACAGCGAGGGCGGACCCCCUGGCUCCGUCCCCCAGCGGCCGAGCGACGGCCCCCGGGGCUCCCCAGAACUCGGCGGCCUGCUGUCCUGCUCCAUGAGCCUCCCCCGUCGGACCCGUGACUGAGCUCGAGGCCCAGCGGCCCGGCACCAGGAGGGGGACUCGGACCACAGGGCUGGGUCCUGCUGGGGGUCCAGGUCCCCGCGCAGCCCCAGAGGGUCGGGCGAGGCAGGUGGGGGUGCGUGGAGAGAGCGAGGAGUGUCGGCCGGCAGAACCCACCCAGCACCGGCUCCCUGAAGCCACGCCGCGGGCGACCACAGGUGGGAGGCCUGUGCUGGGGCCUCCGCUGACGCCCAGGCCGCGGGCUGACGCGCUGGCCGCCGAGUCCCCGGAGCUUCGGGGCCACGGCCGCUCCUCAGACCGUCCCCCGUGCGCGUGGACGCUUCAGACGCGAAGGCGGCCUCGAAGCUCCCCCCUCCUGACCCUUCGCCGUGGGCGCCCGCCCGCCAGGGCCCGUCCAGAUGUUUUCUGAGGCCUGACUUCCCCCAUCGCUGACCAAGGCUCCCGUCCUCACGGGCACCUGGGCUACUUCACGUCCCCACGACGGCUGCCCGCUGCCCGCUGCCCGCUGCUCACAGGGCAGGCGGCUGGGGCCCAGCGCUGCGUCUUCUGAGUGGAUGUGAGUCUGUGGACUCGGCCCCGGGCCACGGCGUCACGGCCACUCCGUGUGUGGUCGCGAUCCUGCCGAGCUCGGUCGCUGGGGUUCGAGGUCGCAGAUUGGCCCUGCCGCCGCGGGAUCUGGGAGGAGGCGGGGAGAGACCCGCUGUGAGGACAGGGCCCACGCGCCUGUGAGACGCGCCGGUCGGUGCGGGCCUGGUCCAGACCCUGGAAACCCCUCCUCUCACUGUGACGGGCGGCACCGGCCCUCCCGCCCGCACGCCCGCCCGCUGUUUCCGUGGUUCUGUGGACCCUCCCGCACUUGGCACCUUCUCUUUUUAAUCUUCACCCGACGAUGCUUUUCCAGUGAUCUUAUAGCGGAGAGCGGGAGGGAGGGAGACGUAGGGGAGGGAGAGAGAGAGAGAGAGAGAGAGAGAGAGAGACAUUGAUUGGUCGCCUCUUACCAGGGCCGGGGAUUGAACCUGCAACCCAGGUACGUGCCCUUGACCCUGAAUCGAACCCACGCUCCUUUGGUCCACAGGCCAGCACUCUAACCACUGAGCCAAACUGGCCAGGCCCUCUGGCACCUUGUCCGUGUCCCGGCGAGUGUGACAGUCACCACAGCACCCUGCCUGCGAGGGGUCCCUCGAGCCGCACGUCCUGGGUGUUCCUCCCAGGGGGCCCUGCAGAGCCCCCCGCGUUUGGUGAAAAGUGCCCGGUGCCAGCCUGGCCCUGGCUCCUCCCCCCCCCUCCUGGGAGCCCUGGAGGUGAGAACACUGAACCCCUCGAUGACACUCGGAUUUCCUUUUCUUCCUUCGUCCUGGGGGGUCUUUCGGACGAAGCUCCGUGCUUCCCUCCCCACGCACCACGCACUCUCGUCGCUAAUGUGUCAGGAGACCAGCAAGGCCUUUUCCCACUGAGGAAGGAGCAGCCGCGUUAUUUAUACGCUCUAUCGGGGUCCCUGGGCGGCCGUUCGUCAUCCUGCGGCCCCAGCCAAGGGGGACCUUGGGAAGAGGGCGUGCGGGAGGGCGGUGGGUGCCCGGCAGCGGAACGUGUUGUGAUUCUGACGAAAUAAAAGCUUCCUGUCCCUAA